AUGCCGAUCACCACCGCUGGCAACGGCUCCAUCCAUCUGAUCCAAUCCCUCGUCGAUCCCUCUCAGCAUCUCGCCCCCGGGAACAAACGAACUCGAUCACAGAGCAGGGGGGCCGAAGGCAUUUCGGGCUUUGCACUCUAUUCUUGGGCCUGUUGGGAUUCAAUGGAGUCUAAUGAUCACAACAACGUCUCUGUUUCAUCAUCUCCUAAAUACGAGAUAGGGAAACACGUGAUCGAUAUAAAAGACGAACCGGAAGAUCUGGAAACAACGAAGUGGAACAUCUACAGAGUCCCAUCCAGUCUUCGGGGGAGUUGGAAACCAGAGGCCUACACUCCUCAGUUGGUCUCAAUAGGACCCCUUCACUAUGACCAAAAAGAAGAGUUCAAACCAAUGCAAAAGCAGAAACGACGAUACCUUGAUUUCUUCUGGCGUCGUGCAAAGAACAAUAAUAUUGAAGCCAUGGACAAUUUCAAGAGGUUCCUUGAAGAUCAAGUAAAAGACAUACGACAAUGUUAUGCGGAAAAGCUCUGUGAUAAGAUCGACGACGAAAAGUUGGUGGAUAUGAUGUUAUUAGAUUCUGUAUUCAUCAUGGAGCUGUUUCUGAGGAUUCGAAAGCAAAAAUCAGGAGAGGACAGGAAAGAUGACAAACUGAUCGAUCAAACAUAUCCAAAUGAUAUUAUACUGAAACAAUCAUGGCUGAGCAAGAGUAUCCAGAGAGACUUGCUUCUGCUUGAAAACCAGAUCCCAAUGUUCAUCUUAAAAAAGCUGUACGAGACUGUUUUCCCUGACAUUGACCCUUGUGUGGAGCGUCCCUCAUUUAUUGAACUUGCUCGUGACUACUUCGACUGUUUUCAUGCCUGUAAAAAGGGCGACUGUUCUAAACAAGAAGCUGGAAGCUCGAAUUCCAGCCAGUGUCUUUUCUGGGAUAAUAAACCACAACAUUUCACUGAUCUGAUUAGGUCUUUCUACAUUUGUAAGGGCCUUAUUGCUGACAAAAAAGGGUCUCCCUUAAAGACUGCAACAAAGUUGCGGGAAGCAGGAGUGAGCUUUGAGAAAGUCAGCAAUAGGCCCUUACUUGACAUAAACUUUCGGAAACUUCGACCCUUAAGCUGGUUUCUGUGCUUAGGUUGUAUUCCAAAUUUCACUCAGUUCAAAGCUCGCUUACAAAUCCCAGAGUUAAAAAUAGAAGACUCAACCGAAUGUGUUCUAAAGAAUCUCAUCGCCUUCGAGCAGUGUCAUUAUCCAAAUCAACCGUACAUAUGCAACUAUGUCUCUUUCAUUGAUUCUCUGAUUCACACCAAAGAUGAUGUCGAAUUGCUGGUUGAGAAGGAAGUGAUUGUCCAUGAACUUGGAAGCGACAAGGAAGUUGCAGCAUUGGUGAAUAGUCUCUGCAAACAUGUUGUCACUGACAAGACAUGUUAUACAGGACUUAUAGAUGGUCUGAACAAACAUUACCAGAGACAAUGGAAUCGCACCAUGGCUGCAUUGAGGUUAGUUUACUUUAGAGAUGCUUGGAGAGCAAGCUCUACUUUGGUCGCAACGGCUGUCCUCGUAUUCACAAUCUUCAACUUCUGUCGAGUUGUUAAAUUGGUCCUCGACCUUGAAGGAGGCCGCCGCCAACCUUAA